CGGAAUGGUCUAGUUGUUUCACAACCUGUUUCUACAGCUUACACAUUGUGGAUUCUGUUAUCUGCAUUUUCCUCCAGGUUCUUUUUUGUUAAAAGAAAAAUACUAUUUGAUGUUCAGCGAUUGUAGCCAGUAAAGAUUUAGAUAGCGGCCUGGCCGGAGAUGUCGCAUCACAGCGAGGAGAACUUGCUGACGGCGUCGGGCGGCUCGUUUUGGGAGCCCGGCAAUUACAAGAGGACGACGAAACGGAUCGAGGACGGCAACCGAUUGUGCACGGAUCUGAUCCAGUUGGUGACGGACCGAGCCGAGAUCGAGAAGAACUACGCCAAGAAUCUCAAAGCCUGGUCGAAAAAGUGGAACGAGCUCAUCGAAAAAGGACCCGAAUACGGAACGACGGAAGCGGCCUGGAAAGGCGUCCUCGUCGAGUCUGACCGCCUCUCGGACUUGCAUACGAAAAUCAAGGACCAUCUGUCGGAAGAUGUGCCGGCCCAGAUCAAAAGUUGGCAGAAAGACGCCUACCACAAGUCGAUGAUGGUGCUGAAAGAAAAGAAGGAAAUGGACGACAAUUUCAAGAAAGCGCAGAAGCCUUGGGUCAAGAUCCUCAACAAAGUGGACAAGACAAAGUUGGACUACCACAACGCUUGCAAAGCGGAGCGAUCGGCCUCCAAUCAGGAGAGGAACGCCACCGGAGACAAUGCCGUAUCGCCCGAACAGGUCCGCAAACUGCAGGAGCGCGUCCAAAAAGCCAAGGAGGAGGUGCAGCGGACCAAGGAGAAAUACGAGGCGGCCUUGCAGGAGAUCAAUUCCUACAACCCAAAGUACAUGGAGGACAUGCAGGAAGUGUUUGACAAGUGCCAGCAAAUGGAGGCCCAGCGACUCACUUUCUUCAAAGAAGUCCUCUUCAACAUUCACAAAGGAUUGAACAUUAGUCAGGAUCCCACGCUGCCGCAAAUCUACGAAGAGUUGUACCACACAGUCAACAACGCCGACCACGACAAGGACCUCAAGUGGUGGUCCUUCAACUACGGAGUCAACAUGGGCAUGAACUGGCCCCAAUUUGAGGAUUAUUCGGAAGAGUUUCGCGACAUUGGCGGCGUCAAAGGAAAAGGCAAAGCGCAGCUACCCGAGGGCGCCAUCACUCUCAUCAAUCAGCGUAUCGUCACCGACGACCUCCCCGAACCGGGAUCGACCCAAACUGGUUUGGAUAAGGGACGCAAAGGGAGCACGAAAAAUGCCGAAAGCCGUUCGAUUGGGGCGGUGGCAUCGACGUUGAGUAGCGGCAACAGCAACUCGGGCGGCAAAAGUCCUGGCGCGGGUACGAUCGGCGGCAAUGCCGAUAAGAACAACAGAAGUGGAGAAAGUGCAAACGUCAGCAACGGGACGGCCAACCGACCGGAAGGGAAUCCGUUCGAAGAGGAAGAAUGGGACGAAUAUCCCAACGAAGCCCUGGUCGAUAACGGUGAGCCGGGCGUGCCCGUCCGGGCCCUCUACGACUACGAAGGUGCCGAAUUUGACGAAUUGAGCUUCAAGAAAGGCGAUGUUUUUGAAAAACUGGAGGAUGAAGACGAACAAGGCUGGUGCAAAGGUCGUAAAGACGGUAGAGUGGGUCUCUAUCCGGCCAAUUACGUCGAAACUGUCGAUUGAAAACAAAAAAUGGAGAUACGUGCCGAAAAAUGAAAGGGAUCGUUUUUUUUGUGGGGGGUCGUCAUUAUCAUCCAUCGUUUACAUCAUUUGUUACAUUUUGAUCGCUAAUCCUAUAAUCAAUUUCACCUCCCGAAACACACACACACAUCUAGAGACAACCGACUUUUGCUUUUUUGUUAAAAAAAAAAAUCCAUCAAUUGGUUUUCAAUAAGUUUAAUGCACGUCUCUCUCUCUCUUCCUCAGCCUUUCCAGUACCAAAACUUAAAAUAUCGCGCGCGUGAGUGUGUGAGUGUCUUGUGUGUUUGAUGCCAGCCCGAGAAUGAAUCAUUCUGCCAGUCGUUUUUCUUCUUAUUGGCCUCUCUUUAACCUAUUAGUAGUUGACAUCAUUGACGACAUCCUCCCUUCCUGUCUUAGACAUAUACUAUGUCACUUUUUUUUGGCAGCUGUUGUGUAUCCACACAUCUUGUCUGGCACUUUCGAUGUUAGGUUGGCAUUACGGACCCUCCCCUUCUAUUCGUGUGCGUAGUCCUCUGCGUCUCACACUGACACGCGUAUCCCCCAUGUGCCCGUCUUCCUCGUUGAUUAACUCGCAAUAGUCUGACACCUUGUUCGCAGUGAAAACUGAAAAAAAAAAAAGAAAAUGAUAGUUUAGUUUCUUCACAUAAACACUACCCAACCAACUGACACACACAUACUUUGCAUACUAUAUAAUAAUUGUCUCGUGUAUUGUAUAAAACAAACAAUUUAGGGCUUUGUUAAUGAACAUAUUAACCUUGUCAUUCCCUUCCCCUUGAGUUAAAAUAUUAAAGGAUAGAGGGCGGA